UUGGACAUGGAAAGUGGCCUGCAAAGCCUCCUCAACCUCCUGAUAGUUGUGCAGUUCAUAACUGGGAACUUGAGCAAUGGAUUUAUAGUGCUGAUAAAUCUCAUUGACUGGGUCAAUAAACGAAAGCUCUCAUCAGUUGAUCAAAUCCUCAUCAUCCUGGCAAUUUCCAGAAUUGGAGUGAUCUGCGAAAUAUUAGUAAGUUUGUUAAAACCUCUUCAUUAUUCAUUUUCAACUGUGGAUAGAGAAGCAAUAAAAAUCGCUACGUUUACCUGGGUAGUUUUCCAUCAUUUCAGUCUCUGGCUUGCUACAAUCCUCAGCAUUUUUUAUUUGCUCAAAAUAGCCAGUUUCUCCAGGCCUAUUUUUCUCUACCUCAAGUGGAGAGUAAAAAAAGUGAUUCUGAUAAUACUGCUAGGAACCUUGCUGUUCUUGUUUUUGAAUAUGAUACAAAUAAACACACAUAUUGAAGACUGGAAACAUGGACGUGAAAGAAACACAACUCGGAAUUCCACAGUGAGUGACUCUGCAUCGUUAUCAAAGCUCAUCAUAUUCAACAUGACCAUGUUCUCCCUCACACCGUUUCUCGUGGCCCUGAUCUCUUCUCUGCUGCUUAUCAUCUCCCUAUGGAAACAUCUCCAGAAGAUGCAGCUCAACUGCAAAGGACACAGAGAUCCCAGGACCAAGGCCCAUAUCGAUGCCUUGAAAAUUGUGGUCUCUUUCCUCCUACUCUACACCAGUUACUUUCUGUCUCUCUUCCUGUCAUGGGUUUUUCAGAUGCCUCAGAGUGGCCUGGUCCAUGCACUUUCCCUGACUAUUUCACUCAUCUAUCCUUCAGGCCAUUCACUUAUCCUGAUUCUGGGGAACUCUAAGAUGAGGCAGGCUUUUCUUUUUGUGCUGAGUCAGUUAAAGUGUGGGACAAAGGAUAAGGAUCAAAGGAUCACAACUCUAUAA